GUUGCAUACAGUUACAUAUUAUUUGAUUCUCGCCACGUAUGCAGAUUUUAGUGCAACUUCAAACAAACAUACUAUUCUCUUAACUUCGUCAUGAUGGAUGGGGAAUCACACAUUAUUUUAGUAACAGGAGGUUCAGGGCUUGUUGGACAAGCCAUCAAAACAGUUGUCGUAGAGGAGAAACAGCAGGGAAAAGGACCCCAAAAUGAGACAUGGAUUUUUUGUGGCUCCAAGGAUGGCGAUCUUAGAGAUAAGCAGCAAACUGAGGCCCUAUUCAAGAAGCACCAACCCACACAUGUCAUCCACCUGGCGGCCAUGGUUGGCGGCCUGUUCCACAACAUGGCACAUAAUUUAGAUUUCUUCAGAGAAAAUAUGGCAAUAAACGACAAUGUCCUAGCUGCCUGUCACAACAACAAUGUGAAGAAGGUGGUCUCCUGCCUAUCUACAUGCAUAUUCCCAGACAAGACCACAUAUCCUAUAGACGAAACUAUGGUUCACAAUGGACCGCCACACUCGUCGAAUUACGGAUACAGCUAUGCGAAGAGAAUGAUUGAUGUUCUAAAUAGAGGCUACCACGAUCAGCACGGCCGCGUGUUCACGUCGGUGAUCCCGUGCAACGUGUUCGGCCCGAGGGACAACUACAGCCUACAGUCCAGCCACGUCAUUCCAGCGCUCGUUCGUAGGAUGGACGACGCUAUGAGAAACGGCGACUCGACAUUCACGGUACUAGGCAGCGGGCGGCCUCUACGACAGUUCAUCUAUUCGCCCGACUUAGCCCGCCUCUUCUUGUGGGUGCUGCGGAACUACGACAGCGUGGAGCCAAUAAUCUUGUCAGUGGACGAAGAAGACGAAGUACCCAUAAGCGCGGUAGCCGAAGCCAUCAAGAAAGCCCACGGGUUCCAAGGCACGUUGGUCUACGACACGAGCAGCGCCGACGGGCAGUACAAAAAGACCGCCUCUAACAAGAAACUACGCGCUCUUUAUAAGGAGUUUACGUUCACGCCCUUCGAGCAGGCCGUAAGAGACACCGUGCAGUGGUUCCGGGACAACCGAGAGGUCGCUAGAACGUAGCGGUAACCGGAUAAGACCAGCGCGUAACCAAAAAGCAAUAACGUUAUCAUUUAAGAAAACACAGGUACGUAUUACUUAAUCAUUAUAUUUAAUUGAUUUCAGAAUACAAUAUUGUUGCGAUGUAUAUUUUAUGAAAAUGUUAGAAUUAUACAAUAUUUUAAGAAAUGUAAUAAACGAUAAAUCAAUGAUUU